AUGCGGCAGCCGCCAACGAUGGGCGGGUUCCUCGGCCUCAGCGACAGGCGCGCGGCGGCCUGGCCGCCGCAGCUGUGUCAGUGGGCGGCGCAGGGCAUCGGCAUGCUGGCCUGGCGGCUCGCCGCCCAUCAUGGGAGGGGGGACCUCGUCCGGGGCCGCUCGGUCGACGCGAGAGCGGUGCGACGCGAGUGCUCGGGGGCGCCCUGGAGGGCCCCUCUUAUUCAGAGCGGCCCGCUCGGCGGAGGCGAGAUCUACGUCAGCGGGGGCAGUGCCAGGGCCCCGCCGAGCAGGAAGGGGGGCCCCUUCCCCGUCCAGCGCCGCGGCAGGAAGGGCGCCGCCAUGGGCCUCGUGGAGGACGGGUGGGGUUUCGAGACCGCGCUCAUCGGCCCCGCGCGCGUGCGAGUGGCCCUGGCCGCCUGCGUGGGGCGCUGCGUGCAGCGCGCGUGCCCUGUGGAGCGCGCGGAGGCCGCGAGCGGCGGUCGCUCUGGCUGGUGGCGGCGGCUGCCGGGCUGGUGCUCUCGCCGCCGCGCCGCGGGCUCGGCUGCUCGGUCGGCUUCGGCGCCGACCCCCGCGCCCCAGGGAGGCGCUGGUACCUUCGCCCAGCAGCGCGUGGAGGUCCACGUGCACAUCGCGAGCGGCGCGGGCGCCGCACAGGCCGGGCGCGCCGCGGCUGAGGCAGCCGCUGCAGUGCUGGGUGGGGCCCCUUGCGGGGCCGGCGCGUCGCCGGCCAAGGAGGCGCCCGAAGCGGGCGCAGCGGCGCGCCGCGGACGGGCUGGAGGCAGCCGGGCUCAGGCACGCGCCCCUCGCCCUGAGGGCUGGGCCUACGCUGUGUGGCGGCACCCUCUGCGGCCAGAGCUGCGGGGCGUGCGCUGCGGCGGCGGCGCGGCUUGGCGGGCGCUGUCGGCGACGCUGCCUGGCGGGCGCUACACUUUUUCGUCGGGCGCGCGGCUGCGGCGGUACGCCAGCGAGCCAGCUGCUGUGGCUGGCUACGAGGCGGAGGCGGCGAAGCACGAGGCGCCGCUGCCCGCGCCGCUGUUUGACGUGCUGGCCCCGCGUGCAGAGGAGUACGAGUGGGAGAUGCGGGUGGCGGAGCUGACGGACGACUACAUGCCCCUGCAGGUCGACGUCUCGGUGGUGCACGGUGGGCUGAGCUCGGACGGCGCGGGGAUCGCGGUGCCGAUCGUGCCGAUCCGCAAGGCGGGCUCCGUGCUCACCAUCGCGAUCCCCGCGGACGUGUGCCCGUGGCUGAGCCCCCACUUCGCCGCGCUGGGCGACCCCGUGCACUUCCUCCCGGCGGUCGACGGCCAGAUGGCGACGGUGGCGUUCGUGAUGGUCAGCUCGGAGGGCGGGGCUUGGAUGGAGCCCGCUAUGGGCAGCGGGCGCUGGGCUGGCGACGGACGCUGGCCUGCGGCGCGAGCGCUGGUUUCCCUUGCAGCGUCUCUGCCGGCGGCGGUGGCGGACGACGACAUCAACCCAGAGCGGGACUACUCCAGCGCGCUGGUCCCCGCCGCGCACGCGCUCAGCCCAGAGGACCUCGACGCGGUGCUGGGCGGCGCGCUGGGGUUCGGGCCCUGGCGCGGGCUACUGCGCUUGCGCUGGCCGCCGCCGGAGCCCGAGCCUGGAGGCGAGGGCCAGAUCGUGGGGCCCGACGGGCAAGGGCUGCCGGGCGUCGUGACCCCGCCCGACGGGGGCGCCGCUGCUGCAGCGGCCGCGCCUUGGGAGCCGUGGCACCCGCCCGAGCCUCCCGCCCGCGCUGGUGGCGUCGCCAAUGCCGCUCGCCUGCAGGACUCUGCUGCUGCCGCUGCUCGGGCUGUGACACCCCGGGCCAAGAGCGCAGCCUUGGCCGCUGGCCGCGCGCGAGCUGCGCGGGGGCGCGCUGGACUUGCCAGCAGCGCCGAGGAGGAGGACAGCGCCGCCGAGGGCCGCCGCGGCCCCGCGCGGCCCCGCCCGCCCGCGGCCUCGGGCCGUGCGACGGUCGCUUCGCUGGCUGCCGUGCUGGAGCGCCUGGAGGCUUCGAAUCAGGACGUGCUGAGGCGCAUGGCGAUGCUGGAGACGGUGGGGCGCCCGCCGGCUGGAGGCGCGGGGUUAGUUGGCGCCGCGGAGCCCGCGCUGGGCGAGGCCGCGCCCGCCCUGCCCGCAUCCGCCCCCUCGCAUCCGCAGGUGCUCGGACCGGCGCGAGGCGCCGCUGCGGAGCAGGCGGCGGUGCAGUGGGCGCUGCAGGCCUCGGGCGCGCCGCCUCUGGCUCGCUUCGGGCAGCCCGUAGGCUUGGCGAGCCCGCUGCCGGUCGGGGCCGUGCCCGCUGCUGCAGGCGCGGCUGCGCGAGGACCCCACGCUGGGGCGACUGCAGGGCGUGCCAGCGAUAUGCCUCUGAACGCGGUGCAGGUAGCCCAGGCCCGCGCCAACUGCGCUCGUGCUCACGGCUUGCCGCUCGCCGACGUCACCGAGGGCGAGGUGCGCAGGUCGGCGGAGGGCAUCUGCGUGGUGCCAGGAGCCUCGCCGGCCGAGCUAGCCGCCCAUUGGGCUGCCGUGGCCGAGCUGCAGCGGAUGCCUGCUGGCGCCGCGCCCGACGCGCUGGCCGGGCUAUUGCAGCCGGGCCUCGACGAUGGGUCCGCCGCCGCUGGCAAGAUGCCAGGGGCCCGCGGCGCUGCCAGCAUGGAGAUGCUGCGUCGCGAUCUGCAGGCGCGUCCAGCGGCAUGGGCAGCCAUGAUCAGGAGGAACGCGGAGGUGGCGCUGGCGGGCACUUCGGACGACCCCGACCCGCGCGUGCGCAGCCUGGUGGAGUUCGUGGUCAGGACGGGCACGAUCAACCGCGGCAUCAGGACGGCGGCCUACCUAGGCUUCGGGAUCGCGCGGGUCGCGGACCUGUUGGCGCGAGGCCAGCUCGAGGCGGCGGAGGCGGUCAUCCUGCUGCUGCUGACGGCGCUGGAGCAGGCGCAGAGGGACAACGGGCGCUCCAGCGGCUCGGUGGACAGCUUGCGGCCCUUCGGCCACCUGGCCGAGCCGACGUGGACCGCGGCAGCGAUGGCCCACACCAAGGACGCAGCUUCCCUGGCCGAGAUCAGGAAGAAGUUCAACGACGACCGCGGCGGCGGCAAGAAGAUCGGCAUGGUGCGCCGCUUGCUGCAGGCCAGGACCAGUCUGGCCUACUACUUGUAUUCGUGCAUGCAUUUCUCCGGCACGCCGUCGGACUCCCCGGCGCGUACCUGCUUGAAGUUGUUCCCGAUGGCGCCGCCCUACUCGUGGACCAUCGGCGCCCCUCCGUACUCCAGCCCGCGCUGCAGGGACCGCUGGAAGAAGGCGCAGGUGGCCAAGCUGCAGGUGAACCUGAUAGUGGUCGCGUGCUCCUUCCUGGCGCUCUGCUCGCGGCGGCGGUGCCCGGGCGCUUACAGGACGGGGAUGGGCUUGAGUGAAGUGCAGCGAGAGCGGCUCCCGCACCUCCUCGCCCUUGCCAAGCAGUGGAGCCGCACGCCCUGCCACAUGAGCGGCCGCGGCAAGAUGAAGCUACAGGCGCCUCUCGAAUUCCGUAUGCAACUGCGUGGAGCCGCACCCGAGCAGCAGGUGCGCGCUCCGCCCCCUCCCGCGGUGGCGCCCUUCGUGGCCAGCCGCGCGACCUUCUGCAAGCAGGAGGCCCAGUUCGACCCUGUGUACCACCUGCCCGUGUUCGAGGCGGCGGCGUACCUGGACCCGGAGCUGAUCUUGAGGGACAUCCCGCUCGAUCAUGGCUUGAAGGCUAUGCGGCAGUCUGGGAGCAUGAAUCAGAUCGUGGAGUUCGCUUCGGAUUUGGAUCGCUCCCACAAGCUGUGUUUGGCGAGACCAGACGAGGUGCACAUGGGCCAGGCCUGUAAGCUCAUCCCGGUCUACCGUGAUCAGCACCGAGAUCGGAUAGUGUGGGAUCGCAGGAUACGGAACGCGGCCGAGCACGCGCUGCAGUCGGGCAGCCAGCGCCUGGUCUCUGGGCACGCGCUGUGCGACUACGAGCUGAACGAGGGCUUCGUACCUGUGCUGUUCGCGGAGGACGCGUCCGACUUCUACCCCGCCUUCGACUCUACGCCGGCCAGGGCGCGCACCAACAUCCUGGGGCGCGAGGUCCCCACGCACUUGCUGAAUCACACUAAGGCGUACGCGGCGCGCCGCGCCGAGCUAGGGGAGCACUGCGUGGUGUGCGUGGCCAGUCUGCUCAUGGGGGACCUGAACGCCAUCGACUUCGCCCGGGGCGCGCACGAGGCCGUGCUGCAGGCGGGGGGCUCGCUGGCGGACGCGGUGCGGGUGCAGCACCAUCGGCCGUUCCCGAGGGGCGCGCGCGCGGAGCUGCUGCAGAUCGACGACCACAUCGGCCUGGGGCAGCGGGCGCAGGGCUCUCGGCAGCUGCCGCGCGAGCUGGUGCAGUCCUUCGCUGGAGCCCGCGAGCAGUAUGCGCAGGUGGGCCUGAGGGCCGCGGACGACAAGCUCGUGGCAGGCGCAUCCGCGGGCUUCGCGCUGGGAGCGGAGGUGCUGUCUUCGGGACAUAUCGGCGCUGAACGACUGCGGCGUGCUGGCCUGGCGCUGCUAUCCUCUGGCAUUGCGGCGCAUGGCCUCGCGACGGGCGCCCUGCUCAGGAGGGCGGUGGCUAGCUGGGUGCAUGUCGUGGGCUUUCGGCGGCCCGCUAUGUGCCUGCUGGACGAGGUGUUCCGUGCGCUGCCCGCGGUGCCGCUCGACGAUGACGUCUUCGAGCUGAACGCGGGCGCUCGGCAGGAGCUGAUGCUGUUGUCCAUGCUGGCGCCCACGCUGGUCACCAACCUCAAGGCGAGGGUAGCGAGCAGGGUGGUGUGCAGCGACGCCUCGCACCACUUCAUGGUUGCCGUCGAGGCCGACGUCGCCCAGACGGUGGUUCGCGAGAUCUGGCGGCACAGGGAUCAGCGCGGGUGGUACACGCAGCUCACCAGCAAGGAGGUGGCCUACAUCCGCGCGCACAAGCGACUGGAGGAUCGAGCCUGGCUGCAGGACAUAGACGAGGAGCUGCGGCCUGGGGCUAAGGUGCCGCGCUGGCAUCUGCUCGAGGUGUUCGACGUGCUGGAGGUUUGCAGCGGGCGCGAUGCCCCUUGGUCCUCGGCGCAUGCGGCCGCCAGGCUUCGAGUGGGGCCCAGGAUCGACCCCAAGACGCAUCCGCUUUGGGACCUGCGAUCCGUCCGCAUCGUAGAGUGGAUCCUCUUCCUGAUCAUCAACGGCAGGGUCGCCUACGUGCACUGCGCCCCGCCGUGCGCCACGUUUUCGUUGGCGCGGCAGCCGCGGCUGCGCUCGCGGGCCCGGCCGCUGGGCCUGGAUCCUGCUGAUCCUGCUACGCGCCUGGGCACCGUUCUGCUCUACAGGGUGCUCCUCAUCCUGUGGGCCGCGCUCAAGUGCGACAGGCUCGGGUCCAUGGAGCAUCCCGCUGGCGCUUAUUCGUGGUACGUGCCGGCGCUGCGGUCGCUGCUCGCCAAACCCGGCUGCGGCUCACUGGACUUUGCGGCUUGUGCCUUCGGCGCGCCGUACCAGAUGCCGACGCGGCUAGGUCUGGUGAGCGGCGGCUUCCUGCAGCCGCUGGCCCGCCCCUGCGUGCAUGGGCGUCGCGCCCAUAGCCGCCCGCUGGUCGGUGCGACGCGCGCGGCGCCGGCGGCCGCCUACACGGCCGAGCUGUGCGCCGUCUGGGCCGAGCUGACGCGCGCGCAUCUGGCAGCCAGGGCCCCGCUGGGAGGACCCGAGCAGGCGCCGGACGCGGCGGGAGGGCGACUGGAGCAGCCGUUCGUCAACGACCUGAUCCGCUGCUGCCGCUGGCGCGCGUUCACCUGUGACCCCUGCCCGCCGGCGACGCACGUCAACCGCUUGGAGGUGCGCGCCCACCUGAGAGCGAGGGCGAAGGCGGCGCGGCAGCAGCCUGGGACCCGACAACCGUUCCUGCUGGACUCGACCGUGGCGCUGGGUGCCUGCUCGAAGGGUAGGUCGGCGUCGCGCGCGCUCAACGACGACCUGAAGGUGGGCCUGCCCGAUGUGCUCGGUUUCGACGUGUACCCGGGGUACGACUUCGCGCCCACGCGCCUGAUCCCUGCCGACGGGCCGUCUCGGGGCCGAGGCAUCGCCCCUCCAUCGGCCACGCCGCCCGCUUGGUGGCGCUCGGCGGUAGCUGGCGACUUGCGGAGCCUCGACCAGUGGACGCGCGUGCCGCGCCAGCGGCGCGCCGAGUCGGAGUGGUGUCGCAUGACGUUCAAGCUGCUCUUGUGGAAGCAGAAGGACUUCGACAGCACGCUCGGCUACCCUGGCGAGGGCCCUGCCAGCGGGGCUUCAGGCGGAUGCAGGCUGAUCGCCGUGGUCUGGACCAGCCUGAUGAUGAUGACGAGUGGCGCUCGCGUGGCAGGCGAGCCGCCCGAUCCUCGGCCCGCGGUCGACCUCCGCCUGCGGCCGCAGACGGGCACCAAGACGGCGCAGAUGAGGCGCCUGCUGCUGAAGCAGUUCGAGACGUGGCUCCUGGCGCUGGACGGUGGCUGCACGGUGGCGGAGCUGGUGGUGCAGCUGCCUCGGUUGGUCUCCAACAUCGUCGCCUCGUACGGCCAGGUGCUUUACUCGCGUGGCAGGAGUUUGAAGCACUACACGGAGACCAUCGACGCGAUCGUGGACGUGGAGAAGUCUUUGCGACGACACAUGGGCGCGGCGUGGGAUGUGUCGCAGGCGUGGCAGUACGCCGUGCCGACGCGCCAUCGUUUCCCCACGUCGCUGCCGGUGUUGCGCGCGCUGGUGGCCUUGGCGCUCAGCUGGAGGUGGAUCGACAUGGCCGUCCUCAUCUUCUUGGCCUUCACGUGCAUGCUGCGGCCUGGCGAGGCCCACGGUCUGACCUACUCGGACAUCUUGUUGCCGCCCCAGCUGAUGGCUGACAACGAGGUGUGCUACGUCAAGGUGCGCGAGCCCAAGGCCCGCUGGGCGGUGGCGCGCAUGGAGCACGCCAGGUGCGACGAGGUGGCGUUGGUCAGGCUGCUGGCGGUGCUGGCGGCAGGGCAGCCGCCUGGAAGGAAGAUCUUCAGCGGCUCCUACCAGCAGUUCCGGCGGCGCCAUGACGCGCUGGUGCAUUUCUUGGGCAUCGCGGCCACGGAGGCGCACGGCCUGACGUGGAGGCAGCUCAAGUCCAUGGAGAUCUACAUCCAGGAGGUGGCGGCGGUGGCGUUCGUGCCGAACCUGUCGCAGGCCUCGCGAGAGCUCGUGGGGAGCUUCGCCGCUGCGCUGCCAGGCCUGCUCGCACGGGCCGUG